AUGGCGAAUCACUGUGAAGAAAUUAAAACGCCGGCCUUCUGGAAAGCUCAAUUUGCAGAAUUCUUCGGAACGGCUAUUUUAGUUUUUAUUGGAUGUGGAUCAACCUUACCGCUAGAAGGGAUGAAGCGACAUGAUCUGGAGAUUUCUACGGCAUUCGGUUUGGCCGUAGCAACGUCUGUUUGGAUCUUUGGACACGUGAGUGGAGGCCACAUCAACCCGGCUGUCACACUCGGGUUCAUCAUCGCAAGGAGGAUUUCUGUCCUUAAAGGAUUUUUCUAUAUGAUCUUCCAAUGUUUGGGUGCCCUGGCUGGAGCUGCUGUACUUUAUGCUUGCGUUGGGGUGAAUGGCAAAAGUAUCGGAGCCACAAGUAUCAUCAGUCGCAUGGGUUUUAUGGAAGCUCUUGGCGUGGAAACCAUCAUAACCUUCGUUCUCGUCAUGACAGUGUUUGCUUCGUGUGACGUCAAACGCAGAGACCUUGGUGGAUCCAGACCACUGACCAUUGGCAUCUCUGUCCUCAUAUGCCACCUGGCCGCUAUACGAUCGACAGGUGCCUCAAUGAACCCCGCCAGAUCAUUCGGCCCUGCUGUCAUUGAUAACUAUUGGCAAAACCACUGGGUCUACUGGGUGGGCCCGAUGGUAGGUGGAUUGAUUGCGGCCACUGUGUACGAGGUCAUCUUCGCCAAGGAUGCUGAUCCCAGAGACUUCUGCUGUUUCACCAUUGAGAGGGAGCAGCCCGCCCAACACAAAGAAUCAGAGAAAGAGAAGGAGAAGGAGAUGCAGCCGGUCUAAAGAAGAGACCAGAGUAUCGAAUGCGAUUCUUCUGAAGAAUACUCUGUCGUUACGUCGGACAUUGUUGACGCAUUGAAGUUUUUAUGAAUUGAAAUGUUUUUCAUUGGUAUUAACUCAGUAUUAAAUGCGUACGUAGUCUUAUUUAAAUUUUUGUAACCUUCAAUAUUUUAAAUAUUUCACUUUUUUAUAUUAUUUUUUAUCACUCAAGAGGCCAUUCGUCCAAUCAUUUUUGUUGUCCAAUUGUGAUUUAUUUCCAUGUACUUUUAUUCAGAGAGGAAUGAAACACAUAAUGCAACUAUGGUUUCAAAAAAACUAAGCAUCAUAUUUUGUAACAGAAGUAAUGAACUAUCUCCCUUUAUACCCAUGUCGCUAAUUAUUUGAUGGUAUCCGUUAACAUCAAACAGAUAUUAUGCAAGUUUUGAUGUUAAUUAAUAUAAUUGUAAAAAUUAUAAUUAAAUGUUAACUAUAAUAAAAUUAAUUAUUUCCACACUUCAACCUAACUAGUCACUGAAUGUUGUUCAACUGUAAAGGAAAACGCUCUGAUUGUAUAAGUGUCCAAAUCAGUCAGAAAUGUCACACGCUAAACAAUUUGUAAUGGAUGUAUAACCUUUCUAAUUGUUUAUAAUUGAAUUAAUCAUGAUUGUUAUAAAAACUUUAGAACUAUUAUAUUAUGUUUUAAAUAUUAAAAUAAAUUACAUUUAAUCAUCCGUAAUAUCUCUUCAACUAUUAAAUUUGAAACUAUUAAACACAACGUUCACCAAAUGCCUCUGCUCGCGACUUAUGGCGCGAUUUUUUUCAAAAAUUCAUUUUUAAAUUGUUUAAAAGUUAUGCUCGAUUCGAAUAUAAAUCGUUAUUCCAUUGAGAAAUUAUUUUAUUUCAAUUGUUAAAAUUUUACUGAAUUGUGAAAUUCGUACGUGAAUGCUUGAUGCGUCCUAAUUUUUUGACCAUUAGUGAUUUAAAGGUAAUUUUGUAUAUGUUAAGUUUUGUUGGAGCUCUUUACUUAGUUCUGCUUAUCAUUCAAUUUUGUUUUAAGUUUUAGAAAAAUAUUUCAUUAAUGUUAAUUUUAUUUUUAAUUGUCGUUUUUAUUGUCUUUGUCAAGAUUUUGGAUACGUUGGUUAUAAGAAAGCUGGUGUGAGAAUGUAUCUAUACACACAAAUUUUCAUGAUUUUGGUAGCAAAUAUGAAAUGUAACGAAUUUUAUUGUCAAAUUUGUCUAUCCAUCUAACUUUUUCUUCAUUCAUCAAACUCUCCAUUCUUCCACUCAGAUAUUCUUUUAACCAUUAUUUAUUCCCAUUUAACUCUCUAAAAGUUGGUGGAUUGUGUUGAAAGGUUGAUAUCAGAUUGUCUGCUGCUAGUGAUCAUUUUUAUUCAUUCAACCAUUCAUCCAUCCAUCCAUUCAUCCAUCCACCUUAUUUAUAAAUGUUUAUCAUUGUUAAUGCUUCUUAAAAUUAUUUUCUAAUAAUUCAUUCAAAUUUUAUUUCAAUAAAACGUUGAAAAUCAAC